AUGGGGAACGGUUACAUCAAUGCUAGCUACGUGGAUAGCUACCGGAGUCCACGGUUCUUCAUUGCAGCUCAAGGCCCCUUGGCUGAGACGGUGGUGGAUUUCUGGCAGAUGAUCUGGCAGGAGAAGACCUCAGUCAUUGUGAUGCUGACAGGCUUAGUGGAACAGAACAAGAUCAAGUGCGAGCAGUAUUGGCCAGAGCAGGAGCAGGUCUACGGGGACUUUACUGUGACACUCAACAACAGCAGGACUACCACAGGCCUUGUCACACGCAUCUUCUGCCUGCAGAAGGCAGGCUGUGCUCUCCCAAGAGUGGUGGAGCAGUUUCACUACCUGCGGUGGCCAGACCAUGGAGUCCCCAGAAAUCCUUCCCAGCUCUUGUGCUUAGUGGAGGUGGUGAACAAAAGGGUGUUGGAAGCACCUGCUGGACCCAUGCUGGUGCACUGCAGUGCAGGGAUUGGCCGCACAGGUACCUUCAUUGCCCUGGAUUACCUCUUGAAGAUGGGGAAGGCUGAGGGGAAGGUGGAUGUGUUUCACUGUGUGCAGCAGCUGCGGGAGCAGCGGGUCGGCAUGGUGCAGACCAAGGAGCAGUACACCUUUCUGUACGAGGCGCUGCUCGAAGGCUUGCUCUGUGGCAACACCGGGGUCCCAGUGGAGAGCAUCGCCACCCUUGUCCACUCCCUUCAAAAAGCGGAGACCUCAAGGCACAAUAGUGUCCUGGAAAAGGAGUUCAAGGCCCUGCAGAAGUUUUCUGAGUUGUUCCAGCUCCUGCCAUGCCGAGAAGCAGAGAAACCCAGCAACAAACCCAAGAACCGCAAGCCAGGAAUCCUGCCAGCGGAUUCCUGCCGGCCCAUCCUGAUGUCCUCUCUGAAUGCAGACGCCUCGCCAGGUUACAUCAAUGCCGUGUUUGCCAGCACGUACACCGAGGAGGACAGACUCAUCAUAACCCAGCUGCCUUUCCCCACCACACUGGUGGAUUUCUGGGCUCUGGUCUGGGAUUACACCUGCACAUCAGUGGUUGUACUGAACCAACUCCAGGAGCUGGACAAGACAUAUGUGGACUUCUGGCCCACCCAGGGCGAAGAUGAUUAUGGCCGUUUCCAUGUCCAGCUGAUCUCAGAGGAGCCUGGAGCUGGAUUCAUGGCCUGGACACUUGCCCUCACCAACAGACAGCAGCCCAAGAAGUCUGCACUGGAAGUCCAGUUAUGGCAGCUGAAGGACUGGCCCAUGCAGCAGCGUCUUCCCCCACACCCUGCCACCAUCAUCAGCUUGCUGGGGAAAGUAGAGACACACCAUCGGCAGAGCCAAGAUAAACAUAUCCUUGUCAGCUGCUGGGAUGGAGCCAGCCGGAGCGGGAUCUUCUGUGCUGCUAGUUUCCUGUGUGAGCAGAUCCAAAGCGAGGGGAUGGUGGAUGUAUCCCAGGCUGUGAGGACACUGAAGAGGCGGCGGAGACAGCUCAUCAAAGAUGUGGAGCAGUAUGGGCUCUGCUACGAACUAGCUCUCAGUUAUUUGAAUUCAUUUGAAACCUAUGGAAAUUUCAAGUAG